AUGUCCAGCGCUAUCCAACCCGUCCUUCCGCAAGGUGCCGGAUAUGGCGUCGUCAUUGGAAUUGGAUUCUUCUUUGCCUUCGUUAUGGCAGGUGUUUCAUACCUCCAGAACCGGUACACCAAAUAUUCCACCAAGAUGAGCGAAGAAUUCAACACAGCCAGUCGAAGUGUCAAACCUGGACUCAUUGCCAGUGGAGUCGUUUCCGCUUGGACUUGGGCGGCCACAUUACUUCAGUCCAGUACUGUCACCUACGAAUAUGGAGUCUCUGGCCCUUUCUGGUAUGCAGCAGGGGCAACAGUGCAGAUCUUCAUGUUUUCGGUCCUCGCAUGCAAGUUGAAACAAAACGCGCCACGUUGUCACACAUUCCUGGAGAUUAUAUACUAUCGAUACGGAAAGCUUACCCAUAUAAUCUUCAUCUGUUUUGCAUUGAUGACCAACAUCCUUGUGGCAUCACAACUACUGUUGGGAGGAAGUGCAGUUGUCACUUCAUUGACAGGAAUGAAUGUCUAUGCAGCUGUCUUUCUCAUUCCUCUUGGAGUAUGUGUCUAUGUUGUCCUCGGUGGACUUCGAGCAACAUUCCUUUGCGACUAUUCUCAUACAAUCAUUGUUAUGGUCGUCAUCUUAUACUUUAUGUUCAGCGUAUAUACUUCUAAUGAUCUGAUCGGCUCGCCUGGGAAGAUGUAUGACCUGCUCGUUCAUGCAGGAAACGUACGACCCGUUGCAGGAAACCAGAAUGGUUCAUAUCUCACUCUGAAAUCAAACUAUGGCUUGAUAUUCGGAGUUAUACAGCUCUGCUCCGGCAUGGGUACAGUCUUUCUCGAUCAAGGCUACUGGCAAAGGGCUAUCGCCAGCCGUCCAACUACCGCGGUCCGAGGCUACAUCAUGGGAGGUUUUGCUUGGUAUGCAAUUCCGUUUGGGUUUGCCACGACUCUUGGUCUUGCUGCAGUGGCCCUCACGGACAACCCAGCCUAUCCUACCUAUCCACACAAGAUGACUUCAUCUCAGAUAUCGUCUGGACUGUCCGCUCCCUUCGGCGCUGCAGCUUUACUCGGGAAGCACGGUGCUGUUGGUCUACUUAUCACACUCUUCAUGGCCGUAACAUCCUCAUCAUCCUCGGAAUUGAUUGCUACAUCAUCAAUUCUGACGUUUGAUGUCUACAAGGUGUACAUCAAGCCGAAUGCCACUCCCAAAGAUCUCAUCUUCGUGUCGCAUGUGAUGAUCUGCUUCUUUGGCCUGGUCAUGGCAGCGUUUGCCUGUAUCUGGAACGCUAUUGGCAUCGACCUUGGAUGGCUUUUCCUCGUCAUGGGACUGCUCAUUGGCGGUGCAGUUUUCCCUGCUGCAUUUGCUGUGACAUGGAAAGGCCAAACUCGCGCUGGAGCCAUCAGUGGCGCUCUUUGCGGUCUUGCAGCUGGACUGACUGCGUGGCUGGUUGAAGCAAAAGUCCAUUAUGGAGAGCUCAGCGUUGCUAGUACUGGAGGCUCAUAUCCGACCCUUGCAGGCAACAUGGCAGGAGUCCUCACCGGCCUCAUUGUUACAUGUUUAGUAUCCUGGGUCAAACCGGACGAUUUUGACUGGGCAAUCACACGCGAUAUCAAUGCCAAAACAUCUUUAUAUGGAAAUGUCGUACCGGCACAAAACGUCCAAGAUAUGAUGACUGAUGAUGCUGCAACUGGAAUCGCUGAAACAAAAACAAGUGAAGCACCAAAGGACGAGCUGUCAAAUCCAAAUCACAACGCCGAACUUCCGACUGUCAUUGACGAAGAGAAGGAAGAAGCCGAAGAUGCUGCAUUCCUUGACAAUCCGAAAUCACUCCAACGCACCUACUAUAUGGCUCUGAUUCUCGCGACAGUUCUUUCGGUCAGCAUGGACUUCAUCAUUCCGAUUCCGAUGUUCUUGAGUCAUUACAUCUACACUAAAGGGUUCUUUACAUUCUAUGUCGCUGUCAGCUUCAUCUGGGUGUUUUGUGCCCUUGGGAUCUGUGGAGUUCUACCCAUAUGGGAGACUCGAACAUUCUGGCGUGAGUUCUUCGUUGAGAUAUCCAGUCGAAGGAAGACGGUUGAUGGCGUGGUCGCUGGCGAAUCAAAGAAUUCUCAAUCCUCAGAGAAUGCCAUGGGAAGUCAAGGACCAAUGGAACAAAAGGAGAUAAAGUCGGACGUCAAAGGACUGAGUCCGGAGGACUCCACAUGA